AUGGUCCUAAUUCAGGACUUAGAGCGUUUGUCUAGAGAGAAAACGCUCGGCAGUGUCUGUGCGUGGGGUGGGGAUGCGGGCCACGUCCCGGGAGAAGGGAAAAAGCUAGCGGCGCAGGCGGUCUCCUCGGGGAAGCCGUCCCACCUGCUGCCGGGGAGCCCGCCGGGGAGGGGCCGCAGCCAGGCGCCCGCGCGCCCACUCCGCCCCUGCCCGCAGCGCGGCCCCGCCAGCCGGGAGUUCCCGCGAGUUGCCCCGCGCCCCAGCCGCGUGGGGGGCCGUUCGGUUGGAGGCGGGGAGCAGCCGGGGCACCAAAAUAGGAGCCGCUUGUGGGCUGGAGCUGCACUAGCAGGCAGCCUCCGCCGCGCCUCUUCCAAAGAUGGUCAGAGGGUCCGGAGGCGCCCCCGCCCCCGCUCGCCACUAGCCCGCGGGCCCGCAGCGCGACCCGGAGCCGCCGCCGGAGCCAUGGCUCUAAAAGGACAAGAAGAUUAUAUUUACCUUUUCAAGGAUUCGACGCAUCCAGUGGAUUUUCUGGAUGCAUUCAAAACAUUUUACUUGGAUGGAUUAUUUACUGAUAUUACCCUUCAGUGUCCUUCAGGCAUAAUCUUCCAUUGUCACCGAGCUGUUUUAGCUGCUUGCAGCAAUUAUUUUAAAGCAAUGUUCACAGCUGACAUGAAAGAAAAAUUUAAAAAUAAGAUAAAAAUCUCUGGCAUCCACCAUGAUAUCUUGGAAGGCCUUGUAAAUUAUGCGUACACGUCCCAAAUUGAGAUAACUAAAAGAAAUGUUCAAAGCCUGCUUGAAGCAGCAGAUCUGCUACAGUUCCUUUCGGUAAAGAAAGCAUGUGAGCAGUUUUUGGUAAGGCACUUGGAUAUUGAUAAUUGUAUUGGAAUGCACUCCUUUGCAGAAUUUCACGUGUGUCCAGAACUAGAGAAGGAAUCUCGAAGAAUUCUAUGCUCAAGGUUUAAGGAAGUAUGGCAACAAGAAGAAUUUCUGGAAAUCAGCCUUGAAAAGUUUCUCUUUAUCUUGUCCAGAAAGAAUCUCAGUGUUUGGAAAGAAGAAGCUGUCAUAGAGCCAGUUAUCAAGUGGACUGCUCAUGAUGUAGAAAAUCGAAUUGAAUGCCUGUAUAAUCUACUAAGCUAUAUCAACAUAGAUAUAGAUCCAGUGUAUUUAAAAACAGCAUUGGGCCUUCAAAGAAGCUGCCUGUUAACUGAAAAUAAGAUCCGAUCCCUCAUAUACAAUGCUUUGAAUCCCAUGCAUAAAGAGAUUUCUCAGAGGUCCACAGCCACAAUGUAUAUCAUUGGAGGCUAUUACUGGCAUCCUUUAUCAGAGGUGCACGUAUGGGAUCCUUUGACAAAUGUUUGGAUCCAGGGAGCAGAAAUACCAGAUUACACUAGGGAGAGCUAUGGUGUUACAUGUUUGGGACCCAAUAUUUAUGUAACCGGGGGUUACAGAACGGAUAACAUAGAAGCUCUUGACACAGUGUGGAUCUAUAACAGUGAAAGUGAUGAAUGGACAGAAGGUUUGCCAAUGCUCAAUGCCAGGUAUUAUCACUGUGCAGUCACCUUGGGUGGCUGUGUCUAUGCUUUAGGUGGUUACAGAAAAGGGGCUCCAGCAGAAGAGGCCGAGUUCUAUGAUCCAUUAAAAGAGAAAUGGAUUCCUAUUGCAAACAUGAUUAAAGGCGUGGGAAAUGCUACUGCCUGUGUCUUACAUGAAGUUAUCUACGUCAUUGGCGGCCACUGCGGAUACAGAGGAAGCUGCACCUAUGACAAGGUCCAGAGCUACAAUUCAGAUAUCAAUGAAUGGAGCCUCAUCACCUCCAGUCCACAUCCAGAAUAUGGAUUAUGUUCAGUUCCAUUUGAAAAUAAGCUCUAUCUAGUUGGUGGACAAACUACAAUCACAGAAUGCUAUGACCCUGAACAGAAUGAAUGGAGAGAGAUCGCUCCCAUGAUGGAAAGGAGAAUGGAGUGUGGUGCCGUCAUCAUGAAUGGAUGUAUUUAUGUCACUGGGGGGUAUUCCUACUCAAAGGGGACAUAUCUUCAGAGCAUUGAGAAAUAUGAUCCAGAUCUUAAUAAGUGGGAAAUCGUGGGUAAUCUUCCAAGUGCCAUGCGGUCCCACGGGUGUGUUUGUGUGUAUAAUGUUUGAUUAAGUCCCUAGAAAUGACCAAGUAAUCACUGUUUCAGGGUGUAAUGAAAAAGAAUGUAGGGUUUGGAGUGUCUUACUUGUUAUUGUGGCCUGGCACACGUUAGGUAAAUUCUCAUGCCUAACCCCCACUCUGCACCCCAACCCUGUGAUUAAUGGUCAAGAAACAUCUUAUGUAUAUUUACAGUUGAAUCAGUGGGGUUACUACCUUUAAUCUCUGCUCAUCAAAGGUGAUCUGGAAUGCUGGACACUUGGUAAAAGGCGAAACGUCUUUGCAGUGAAUUUUUUUCUCCUGGUAGCAUCAACACUGGGUGUAGGUCAAAAUCAUUCUGUGGAGUGAAAUAUUUCUUAUGA